GCUGCUCCACCGUAUCACCGGCGAGGGCCUAUCAGUAGAGUACUGCUUCAGCCGCCAGCCGUUCAGCCCCGACCCACACAUGGUGGCAGUCAAAAUCCAGUUCACCAACAGCGCCACCUCCGAGGCCAAGAGCCUGCACGUGGAGGACGUCAAGUUGCAGUCGGGCAUGAGGAUCAAAGAGUUCCUUGAGAUCGAGGUGUUACCUGCGGGUGAGACUGUUAGCGUGGUGAUGGGCAUCGACUUCUGUGAUUCCACACAGGCGGCCAACUUCCAGCUCUGCACUCACACCAGGAAGUUCUUUGUAUCGAUCCAGCCACCGGUUGGAGAGCUGAUGAUGCCGAUCUUUAUGACAGAAAAUGAGUUCAAAAAGGAGCAAGAGACGCUAUUACAAAGUCUAGGUCAGUUGAUGGGCAUGAAUGAGAUCACAGAGAAGCUGACCCUGGAAGAGAAGUGUCAGGGCGAGCACACUAUUGUCCAGAGGGUUACCACUGCCGCCAACCUCGGCCGAGUGCCCUGUGGCUCAGACAAGGAGUGCAGCCCUCCUGUUCCUCCUCCCCCGUUUACGAUUCACAGGUUCGCUGGGAAGACAGUGACCAGUGGCAGCCUUGUACUGGUCAGUGUGGUGACCAAAGAGGACGGGGCCGCCCAGCUGACGGUCAACUGUGAGAAAAUGGUGAUUGGCACGAUGCUGGUCAAGGAUAUCCUUCAGGCCCUCACCCAGUGAUGACCCCCAACUCCUGACCCCUGACCUUUGACCCCAGCAAUUUCCUUCCUCUCCUAGAGCUCGGUUCUGUCUCCCUUUGCUCACUCACAUACAACCACACAUUCAUCCACUCCCGUUCCACAUACCCCCAAACUUAGAGUCCUCUUACUCUUCUUUUAAGAUACUGAUAGUCUGAUAAGAAUAUGUUGAAGACAGGUUUGAUCUAUCGACCAAUUGAUAUUCUGCAUGUAAUGCAGGUUUCAAACAAAUUAUGAUGAUUUUUUACUUAUAGGAGAGAUGCAUAUCUGGUGGGAAAUAAUGGGCCCCACUUUGUCUUUUAAAAUCACUUCUUUACGAACCGUCGUAACAAAUUACAGAAUGGCAUUACUGUACACGAUUUGUAAUGACAAUAAGUCAUUAAGAAUCAUUCCACUGAGCAAAUAAAAUCUGUGACGACGUUGAA